AUGGCUAACCGACGGCCUCAGUUCAACCAGCAGUUCCAGGUCGACACGACCCCUCUGCCCGACGAUAUCCCCAAGGUCAAGGAGAUUGGUGCCAGCUCCGCGCCUCUUCUGUCGGCGUCCUACUUCAUCGGCGCCCGUUGCCGCGAAUACAAUGACGACUUCAUGCAGUGCAAGACGGACAACGCGGGCCGCGGCGAAUUUGAUUGUUUGAAGGAGGGUCGUCGGGUCACCAGAUGCGCCUCCAGCGUGCUGAAGGAUAUCAACACCCACUGCCUCGAGCAGUUCAAGGCCCACUGGACCUGCAUCGAGAACCGUAACCACCAGCUCUACCAGUGCCGACCAGCCGAGUGGAAGCUCAACAAGUGUGUCUACGAGAACCUGAAACUCGAGAAGAAUAUCCCCGACCAGCGCCCCGGCGUCACCCCCGUCGAGCUCCGCCACCACAUGAUCUACGCCGACCAAGCCAUCAACACCCUCGAGGGCAAGCCCUUCAUCCCCCCGUCAAAGCAACAAGCAUCGUAG